UUACACAACACUGCUAUAAGAGAUAUGGACGACAGCGUAAUAGUCAUAGACGACAGCGUGGUGACUGUGGAAGACGACGUGGAAGACGGCGAGCUGGAGGACGACGUAGUACUGGUGGAGCCCGAAUCCGAGACAACAACAAAUGAGGACAAGCCGCCGGCCGCUGAAAAAUCAACGAUAAAUGAGGAAAUUACAAGCAAUCCAAGUAGUCAGGAAAACAACCACGACGAAGAAGACACCUUGGUCUUUGAGGUGAGAUUCUCGAAGGAGGAGCGCUUUGCAGGCAUUCAAAAACAAAUGCUGGAGCUUCUGGAAGUCACCUUUGCCGAAAAGCAGCUCGUUUUCAAGAUAUAUGAAGACGGGGGAGUGAUAAGAGCCUUUGAAAACAGUAAAUUUCAACCGGAGAAAUCUCCCUCUCCCGCCCUGGACACUGAAGAUCUCUUCAUGAUUGACAUUAAGCCAGCCGCCAAACUGAAUGCCUCGCAGGUGCCCUCUUACAAGCGCAGUGCCGACGUGCUGGACGAACAGACUGAAGCCCGCAAGAAACUAAAAGCCGAGGCUGUAAACAAGUGCUGCCGCCCCAGGGCCCAGGCCGCCUGCUACAACUGUGGCGAUACGGACCACUCCAUACGCGACUGUCCGAAACCGCGAAACAAUGCCCGUAUACAGAGGGCCCGCAAGAAGAAGGUGGAAAGGUAUCACGUAGACGCGGAACAGCGAUUUGGACACAUAAAGCCCGGCAGGAUCAGCACCAAAACACGUCAUGCAAUAGGUUACGCUCGUGGCGAGCUGCCCUUCAUGUACUACAGGCUGCGCGUCCUGGGCUAUCCGCCUGCCUGGCUGGAGGAGGCCAAGGUCCGAAGCUCGGGCAUUGCUCUGUUCAAUGCUGAUGGCACCGAAGUCACCAAGUCCGACGACGAGGACGGGGAGGCAGACACCUUCAAGUACGACAUCAACAAGAUAGUGGAGUUCCCAGGCUUCAAUGUGGAGCCCAGCGGCAAGUUCUUCGAUGACUUUCAACAUCACAAUGUACCACCGUUCCAAGCGGACAAUUCCAAGGAUAAUUUCAUCAAGGCCCUGGGCGAGAACGUAACCAGCGGCUACAGACGCAAAAAAUUGGUGGAUCUUCCAGCCACACGCGAUGCAGGGCCUGUUGCGCAAGCAAUCCUCGGGGACUGUGACAUGGAGAUAGUUGACGAAGACGAGGAUCCGCCACUGCCCGCCUCGUUGCCGCCGCCGCCACCUCCGCCACCCGAGUCUACCGAGGAGGAGGAGGAGGCGCAGGCUCGCUCGCCAUCACCUACACUGGAUGACUUGAGAGAGCAGCAAGAGAAGCUGCUCCUCCAAUUGGAGUCAAAUACAUCGCUGGACACCACGGCGAAUGACUCAAAGUCACUGAUUGCCCUGGACGACACGGCUGAAUUGGAAGCCACAGACAUACCACAAACGGAAUCAGCGCCCGCAUCGCCCAGUAGAACGAGAGCUUCUUCGCCACCUGCCAAGAAAUUUAAGGCAUCUUUCGAAGGAACACCCGUGUUGAAGUUCUCCGAAUUCGACAAACUGCCCGAGGGCAACAACUUUAAGGUGGGCGUAAGCGAUGUCAUUAAUUUCGAGAAUCUGCCCGACUCAACGGGAAAGUAUGAGCAAAUGAAGGAUCUGCUGAAGAACGUGCGCGAAAAGAUGGUAAAGCUGCAGGGCGAGGACUGACGUUAGAACACUUAAAUGAAACCGAAAAUCAAUUGUACAAAUUUUACUCUGUCCCUCCCAACGAAUAAGCAAUACAAGUUUAGUUUCCAAA